AACUCUGAACUUAGAACAAGUUGUUCAUUCACAGCUCAGAGCCUCUCCUGCCUGCAGGUUAAAAACCCAGAAGCAAAGCAAGAGUGAGUCUGUAACUUGGACUUGGAAAUGACAAGGACGCCUACACGUGAAAGGUCAGACUGACCUAAAUAAGAAAGGAACUGAUACUUGAUUUUAAAUUUUAAGUAUAGUUGAAACUUUUUUUUUGCUUUAUUUAUUUUUAUUUUGUAUAGUGUAAAAUACUGAAGAAUAAUUAUUUCCAUUGACUGUAUUCCUUGACCAGCUGGGACUGUAAUGGAUUGCUGGAAGAACCUGCAGCAGAGCAGCUGGGGUUAUCCCACUCUGAUUCUGUGUAUGUAUGGCUUUUUCUCAACGAUAAGACCUUCAGAGCCAUUUCUAACACCAUACUUAACUGGGUCAUACAAAAACUUGACAAUUGAUCAGGUUACAAAUCAAAUUUUUCCAGUAUGGACUUAUUCGUACCUUGUUAUACUUUUUCCAGUUUUCUUGGCCACCGAUUACUUACGAUACAAGCCAGUCAUCCUUCUACAAGGAGCAAGCUAUUUGAUUACCUGGUUGAUGCUUUUGUUUGCCCAAGGAGUGUUAGCCAUGCAGUUUGUUGAAGUUUUCUAUGGCAUGGUAACAGCUACAGAUGUAGCAUAUUACUCAUACAUUUACAGUGUGGUCAGUCCUGAUCAUUACCAGCGAGUAACCAGCUACUGUCGAAGUGUUACUUUAGUGGGAUUCACUAUUGGAUCUGUGCUUGGUCAAGUUCUGGUUUCUUUUGCAGGUGUCUCCUACUUUCAUCUCAAUGUCAUAUCUACGGUUUUUGUCUCAGUUGCAAUUGUAGCAUCAUUCUUCCUACCAAUGCCACAAACAAGCAUGUUCUUCCACAGAAAAGCUACAAGGGAAAUGUCUCAGCCCCCAACCAAUGACCAGAAUCAAAUUAGCCCUCCUAACACUAACAUCAAUGAAGCUAAUAAAGAGCUGCAUAUCCCCUCUGAAACAUCAAUGGAUUCUGAAUAUGACAAAAGUCACAUCAAAAAGAAUGAGACAUUUUUAUUUGUAAAAGUGAUUUUGAUGCUUUGGGCAGAUUUCAAAGAAUGUUACACUUCCAAGGAACUACUUUACUGGUCCAUCUGGUGGGCCAUGGCCACUUGUGGUUACAAUCAGAUUGUGAAUUAUGUCCAGGUCUUAUGGGAUCAUAUUGAACCAUCUAGUAACAUGACAGUGUAUAAUGGUGGAGUCGAAGCUGUAUCGACACUUUUAGGUGCUGGUGCAUCGUUUGCUGUAGGCUAUGUCAACACUGACUGGAACCUUUGGGGCGAACUGUCACUGGGCAUCUUUUCAGCAGUCGAUGCAGGUGCGCUGUACCUAAUGGACCUGACAAACAAUAUCUGGGUGUGCUAUGCUGGUUAUUUGAUAUUCAAAUCUUCUUACAUGCUACUCAUCACAAUAGCAACGUUUCAGAUAGCUUCUAAUCUCAGUAUGGAACGUUACGCUUUGAUGUUUGGAGUAAACAAUUUCAUUGCUCUAGCUCUACAGACAAUUCUUACAGUGAUUGUUGUUGACAAAAGUGGCCUUGGAUUAGAGAUUAUUACUCAGUUUCUUGUGUAUGGAAGCUAUUUUGCGGUCAUUGCUCUAAUUUUCUUGAUAAGAGGCAUAUUUAUUUAUACUCAUCACAGAUGUACAAAGAAGAAAGAGACUUCUCCUGUAGAACCUGAGAUGCGUUUCUAGAGUGUCUUUAGACAGCUUAAUUUUAUGAGAUUUUUUGCAUUUUUCAUUAUUAAUCAUUUAUGCAUUUUAUUUUAAUACUGUUCCUUCAUAGACUAAACACUGCUUUUUUUGCUUUUUAUAAGUUUUUACUUGCUUAAAAAUACUCUCAUAAAUUAAACCUCUGUUAUUUAUGUUGCCA